GCGCGGGCCAGGGGUUCCCUCGGCCCCGCCCCCGGGGCUCCCCCGCCACGUGACCGGGACGCGGCGCCGCGCCGGGGGCGAUGCCCGGCGGGAAGCGGAAGAGACUUUGGAAUGCAGAACACACACCAUUCCCAGAUGAGACACCCCUACAACUGAAAAAAUCAAAUGUCAGGACGUCAGUGUCUGCUACUUCGAUUUCCAAUGCGUGGCUUAGGUGUGGYGAUGGUUUUAAGAACACUUCAGUGCUGGAGUCCCAGAGACUUGUUAAUAAGAAAUCCAGGAUUAAGAAGCAUCUAGGACCACUGUUAACAUCUGCUGAAAGUGCAUCUAGAGCUGCUGCUGCUGCUGAAAGCUCUAAGGAAGCUGAGGACAUAAUAUGGACCUCUAGUGGCAGUGAUUUUUCAGAUGAUGAAAAUAAAACAUUGAUUCCAAGGCUGCACAGCAAAAAAAGUGACACUUCCAAAACAGAGGAAUCGCCUAGCAGACAUGAUUUAUUGGUAGAGGACAGAAGUAGUGAAGAUGAAUUGGAGCUCAUCAGCUGGGAGAAGGAUAGUGAUUCCACUGAUGGGUGUGAUGGAUCAGAAAAAGCUGACAGCUCAGUAGAGAUAUCAGACUCAGACUCUUGCACAAAUACUAAUUGUCUGCCUGUGAAAGAGGAGAAUGAUGAGUUUUGUAAGACAAUUUCGACAGAAAUAUCUGAGUACUCAUCCGAUAACGACAGCGUGGGAGAAGGAAAGGCGAGCCUGGUGCCCACGGCUGCGGGAUGCAGUGCGGGAUUGUGGCCGAGGUCAGGAGGGGACACGGGGGAUGUUCCAGCACGGCCGGCCAGCGAGUGGCUCCGCUCAGCGCAGAUGAAAUUGCUUAAUAACUGGGGCGGGCUAGCUGAGAGGUUAUGUCGGCUCCAGAACAGAGAAAGGUCUGCCAUUAGCUUUUGGAGACAUCARUGUAUUUCAGAUGACAAAAUCCCCUCAGAUAAAUCCGGUGUUUUAAUUGUGAAGAUCUUAGAAAUAUUUGAGGAGUGCACAAUACAAGUUGCCAUCUGCCAGCAGCUGGAACAGUCUCCUGCCAUGCUUUCACYCGAGGAUGCUGUCAUCAAUGCAGAGGAACCAAUACUCAAAGUCCUCUUCACAAGAGAGACAGCAGCUCACCUGAAGAGCAGACCACAGGAUGUCAUCCACAUCUAUCCCCCAUGGCAAAAGCUGCUUCUUGAAAAUGCAGAUGUUCCUGUAAUCAUGAAUACCUACUUUAGUCAGAAGGUGCUACUCAGUGAACAUUCAGAAGCCAGAGAGAAGACAUAUGGCCUUACAAAUGUGCURAUCAGGAAGAAUAUUAUAUCUUUGGCACAGACCUUCAGACUAGAUGACCUUGAUGAUAAGUCACACCAGGAAUCUUCAGAUAAUCAGGUUGCUUGUGCUCCACAAAUCCAUAACAACAGUGAUUCAAAACAGCAUCCCUCAGCACUGAGUGCUGUCAAUGACUCUCUGCUUGAAAUGGUGGAAAGCCAGGGAGCAGUGGGAUGGAGAGAAGUGCAGGUACGAGUGGUUAUCCAGAGGGUGUACUGUUUGCCUGCAAGAGAAGGGUGCAGGAGCCUCAUCCAAGGAAACAAGCCUCUAUGUGCAACGCCCAUCGUGAAUACAGAGCCACCACUUGUUAGGUUAUGCCUCCUCGUCCAGGAUGCCUAUGGAAUGUUCAGUGAAGUGCAGCUGCAGUCCCUGAGUUCCACAGAUGACAUUGAGCAGUACUGCAGGAGAUGGGAAGGAAAAUCCUGCUGCUUAGCUGGAAUGAAAAUUUUGCAGAGAACUACAAGAGGAAGGGCAUUAGGACUGUUUAGUCUGAUAGACAGUCUGUGGCCUCCAGUAGUGCCUGUAAAAGUUCCCGGACAAAGUCAAGAGUCUGACAUGAUGACAACUAAUAUUCCUCCUCCCAGCUUCUGUUACAUUCUUACUGUUCAGUCUGGUGAAAUACAUGUGGAAGUGGAUGAGGAAGAACAGAUUUCUAAUUUGUACCAGCCACCAGCUGUUCAUGGUCUAAAGGAAAUUCUUCGGAUCAGUGGUUGCAAUGAGCGGUGUAGCUUCUGGGCCCAAGUGCUCUAUCAAAGGCUGCAGACAAAACACAGUAUUCCUAUAGAUCAAAGAGAGAUUUUGUUGUUUGUGACUGACUCCACAUUGCAAAAUGUGGUCCCUGGGAUUCCAAAAAUUGUUGCUGUGUCCGUCACUGCAUCGUGUGUUCUCAGAAGGGAAAUCAUGGAAGCCCUCAGUGCUGGCUCACGACUUGUCUUCUUCAAGGAUGCUCUGUGGGGGAAUGGUAGGAUUAUUUGUGUUGAACGUACUGUUCUCCUGUUACAAAAGCCUCUUUUGUGCUCGGCUGCCGGUGCUGACCUCAGUGAGCUGACUGGCCCUGUCAGACUCGAUGAGCUGGAUUCUACAACACAGGCCAACUCCGUUUGUGCUCUCAGAGGUACCGUAGUUGGAGUUAAUGAGAGCACUGCUUUCUCCUGGCCUACCUGCGACAGAUGUGGCAAUGGAAAGUUGGAACUGUGUCCCCAGGACAGAGAAUUGCUGUAUUGCAACCAGUGCUCUGAAGUUGUCACAACACCAGUUUUGAAAAUGCAGCUGGAAGUCUUCUUGCAUUGUCCAUCCCGAUCUCAAAGUACAGUGAAAGUAAAGCUGUUGCAAAGGACGAUCUCCUCUCUCCUGAUGUCAUCUGCCAGUGAGGAUGGGACCUACGAGGUGCAGAGCGUGCUGGGAAAGGAGGUGGGGUUAUUGAACUGCUACGUCCACUCCGUAACCAGUCAUCCCAACUGUGUUGCGCUGGAGGAAAUCGUUCUUCUGGAAGCUGCAGCAAGACAGAGUUGAACUCUAGUCAGCUAUUAGAGUAUCUGUGGACUUUGCAAUGUGAUUAUCUGUUAACUAGUGCCACAGAUAAUGUGUAAUGCAAGUGUGAUAAGCAUUGAGAUAGUUUAUUAAAACUGUGAUUUAUAAAGCACAUUGUGCUAACACUGAAAAAAAUAUCCAUAUAUUGUUCARCUUUCUGAACUUUUCUUUUUCUGAUCAAUGCAGACUUUAAGGAUAGUUCUUUGUUGUGUUUGCUGUUUAUUUAUGUAAAACAUCUUGUUCUGGAAGUUUUGAAUGGUUGUGAUUUUUUUUWAAUAAACCUGUAUUUAUUACAUGUYGAUGGAAAAUAUUUUGCUGGUAUUUUUGAAAUAAAUAAUUUGCUAUGGGCAGUGAAUGUUGGUUUAAACUGAGUUUUAUCAGUGGAUUCCAGACCUGCUGCAAAAUGCUGCAUGGUGUGCGAAUUCUGAGUUGUUAUCACCUUGCUGUAGUUGUUAUAAAGAC